GUCGCAUUGUUUACCCUGCUACCGGCGGAGACUAUUAUACGAAUACAAAAUAAAAACAAUCAUACCCUCCGGGGCUUGUUUUAGGCGUCCGGUGGCUUUGUCCGAAUAAUAAAUGUAUCUAUAUGUACAUCGAGCCGGGAAGGCUGCGGAUGAACGUAGGUAGAAACAAUGGUGCGAGGGCAAUUUAAAGUAAGGAAACGCGAGAUUAGUCGGUCGAUUCGAAGUGCUGCUUUUUACGGUUACGCGCGACGAGGGGUAUAACAGUAUGGAUUUUUGUUAUUAACAAAGGAGUCGGUUUCGAUUUUGUUCACCCAGUGUAUAAUCCAGUAGUUUAGUUCAACACCCGCAAUUGUCCGAUCAGCAGAUCACACACAGAGUUUAUUGCGGACACCGAGCAAGUGCACAGCCGGACAAUCCCGGCAUUAGAAGCUAAGUCCGCGUAUUGAUUUGAUUCUAGCGAUGAAUAAAGGGAAAGUUGACGAACAGUCGCUCGUUGAUCUUGAAAUUGGGUGAAAAAAUUGUCCUUCUCGUAGCAGGACCGACAAUGGGCCAUUUAUUGCCGCUGCUUUUUGUCUACUCCAUUUUUAAUGUCAACGGUACCGGUGAUGACGCGCCCGGCUUCUUUCGAAACGUCACUAAGUUGUUCCAAGAUAUACUAAAAUUUUACCGGUUCUCGGGCAUAUUUUUCGUGGUCGACGAUGCGUUAAAGGGUAACAUCACGUUUAUGUUUCACACGAAUUUCCAAACGCAUUCAACGCACAUUUGUGAUAACUUCACAGGUGAUCAGUUACGAACAUCUGGGAGAAAUGAGCGAAAAUCGUCGUCGUGGUUAUCAUCGUUCGCCUCUCUUUAUCCUAUUGAUCGAGGACACGAAAAAUCUUGAGCACUUCCAAAUUUCGACAAAGAACUCGGAUAUUUCGGCCCACUGCUGGUUUGCGAUAAUCGGGACUGGAGCCGGUAUCGACUGCGAGAACCCCGUAGGCAAUCCGCUUAAUUUGAAAAUGGACACGAGGAUGAUUGCUUAUUGUUAUGGAAGCAGAAAUAUCAACAAGUUCUAUUCCAUCUUCGAAAACACGACUGAGGUCGUAGAACUUGGCGUUUGGACGCCUGGGUCGCAUUUAUUUAUUAAAACAAGGUGGCUAUGCGACCAAAUACGUCGAUUGCGUACAAUCAUAACCGCGGGUAUUACCUUUCCAACUUAACAGAAGAGUUGAAGAACGUCUCCAACUUCCAAAUUAACAUAACGGUGAAGGAGGAUAUGAAGGUCUCAUGAAGGCGAUGUUUGAAAAGAAGGCGGAUAUCGCGGUCGCGCUUCUCAGUAUUUCGAAUAGUCGACUGGACCAGGUGGACUUCACCAUUCGUCUGAUGAAUUCACACACCUACCUCUAUGCUAGACUGCCCAAUUCGACCAACAUUCAAUGGUCGGCUUAUUUUCGAGUAUUCGACAAAUACUCAUGGAUAACAUUGGGGCUGACAAAGAAUAAGAUGCAACGGCCUUAUUUCAACUGCAGGAUGUUUCUGGACAAUUUUAUCAAUGUCUGGGGUAUCUAUACUCAACAAGGUCUACCAGAACCACCAAACAAUACAACCACUCAGAUACUUUGCUUCUGGGUCCUCUUGUCAUCCUUGUUUAUAAACGCUCUCUAUUCGGUCUCCAUAACCAGCUACAUUACAGUCCUGACGACCUUCCUGCCGUUCUCCACAAUCGGUGAAUUCUUGAAAUCGGAUUAUCAACUCAUAGUCUUGAAUGCUAGUCGUGACGAAGAUUUGAUACUCCACGGUGAUCCUCUAGUGGGAGUCUUGAAAAUCCGUUUGAGGACAGAUAAGCCCAUGCCUGUACAACCAUACGACGGAUUUCAACAGGCGUGUCGUGAGAAAAUUGCAUACUACUCCGAUGAAACAGCGUUUUCCGGAAGCAACCAAAAAUUGCCCUGUGUUUUGGGGUCGUUAAAGCUGUCAAGAGUAGAGUGGAUGUCAUUAGCUUUGGCGAAAGACAGUCCCUACACGGAGACGCUAAACUAUUACAUUUUGCGACUGAUGAACAACGGUAUACUGCAACGAUUGAAAUCAAAGUAUCUCUACAAGUACGAGGAGUUGACCGAUUCAAAUCCGAAUUACGUGACCUUGUGGGAGGUCAUGCCGAUCUUGGCUAUCUGGUUGAUCGGGGUCAUCGCCGCGUUGCUUGUACUUUGUCUGGAAGUUCGAGUGCACAAUUAUUGUCGAAGCAUUCCGAAACAUCCGGUGGCGAAGAGCAAUAUCAAGCCUCGUAUCUCUUGGAAGUGAUGGACCUUUGUCGGAUAGAUCAGGACAAUAAUGUGAUUAAAAGAAAAAUGCCUGGUGUGCUGAGAAGGUAAUGAAGAAUUACUCAAGAAUUAUAUCAUAGAAUAUCGAUGUAAUAAUAAUUUAAUAAAAUACGCAGUUUUAAAUAAAAAAUUAUCUCUAAAA